AUGGCGAACCGGAUCUUCGAGUACUUCGUAGUUUGUGGAGUUGGGCCGGAGAUUCGGACCUAUGAAGGGGGCGAUAAGGGAUUCCAUGGGACUGGGAUCAUGUAUUUGCCGUCGCUGCUUGAUCAGUAUCCGCCCACCAAUCAUACUCUUUAUCCUCCCCCGCCUCCUCAGCUUCCCACUUGUGUUUUACCUGCUGGUGUCGAGUUUUAUGCUUCAGGGUUUGAUUCCAAAGACCUGUCAACCUUUCCACGGAGCUAUCCUAUUGUUUUGACAGAGGGAGAUGGGUCUAAGAUUUAUGUUAGUUGCAUUGCUUUCCGAGAUCCUGUUUGUGAGGACAUUAUUGAAGCUUAUCGCAUCCCUGCAAAUAGUUUUGCUGAUAAAUGCAUCUGCCUGGUUUCUCGUGCACCUUGUUUCCGUAUUCUACGAGAUGCCUUGGAAGAAAUAUAUGCGCUUUGUUUCUCCCCUUCUGGAAGUCGCAAGCCAUUAUGGGAUGUUAUAGCAUAUCUGGUGUCCAAUGUACCUUUGCCUACUCCUGGGAAAGAUCGGGUUCUAUUUGCCAUCGAAAAUAGCCUUCUUGCAGUUGAGGUUCCACCAAAGGAUUGGCUUCCUCAUGCUGAUAUCUCUUUUCAACCUUUGAUCCAGUGCUUAGAUGUUGAUAAUUUCAUCAAAUUAUUCACCGCUGUGUUGCUAGAAAGAAGGAUUUUACUUCGCUCAGACAAGUAUUCUCUUCUGACUCUUGUUUCAGAGGCAAUAUGCCAUUUGAUAUAUCCGUUUCGGUGGCAGCAUGUCUACAUUCCACUCCUAUUUUUCAGUGGAGUGGAUUACAUUGAUGCUCCUACACCCUAUAUGAUGGGUCUUCAUUCAGGUGUUGAUACUUAUGGGCUCACAAUGGAUGGUGUAGUUGUUGUAGACCUUGAGCACAACUCUAUCUCCACAUCAGAGGAUAUUCCCCCAAUUCCAGAACCAGAGUAUAGCAAUUUGCGGGGGGACAUUAUGAAAUUGUUGCAUCCAAAUGUUGUUGGUAUUGAUCAAAUGAAAGCUGGUUUACGCGAUGGCGUCGUGGAGUUCCAUAUUGGUAAUAGCAAGCCUUGGGGAGAAGAUCAGGAUCUUCAACUCAGGCUUAUAUUCCUGAAGUUCUUUGCAUCAAUAUUAGGUGGCUACCGCAAUUUUAUUGAAAAAAAUGUGAAUGGAAAUGUUGCCUUCAACGCUCAGGCUUUCUUGAAGAAGCGUUCUCGGUUAACGAACCAGCCUCCAGAUCCAAUGAUAACCCAAUUCUUAGAUGCACAAGGUGUCUUCGAGUAUUUUGAGAGGGGUGUUGGUUCCGCUGAAAGCAAUAAUAACCUGCUCGAUAAGCUGCAAGAUGCGAUGGGCAGGGGUCAAAGUGCUAUGUCAAUCUUCCCAUCCAUUUCAGAAGAGCCUGAGAUUAUAACUAUAUCUGACCUGCAUGUAACAACAGCAGGAGAAUCUACCAAGCAUUGUUAUGAGAGAUUCCCUUCAAACGUCAGAACUGAAGAGCAAGAGGAAAAGAGAAAGCAGGUUCUUGCAGCAGCUAGUGUAGCUCUUGAGUACUCUGGAAAGCAUAGUCCUGGUUCACCUAUGUUUGCUGGUCAAGAUUCCAAGGCUGAAAGCCUCAGUCCAAGGGAGAGGGCUGCUGAAAGGGAGCGGAUGGUUUUGGACAUCAAAGUGAAGUUGCAGGGAUUAUGGCUGCGACUUUUGAAACUUGGAGCAACUGACGAUCCCCUUUCGUCAUUUGAAUAUGGAACAAUUCUUGCUUUGAUCGAGUCUGACGCUGAGGGGAUCGGUGGUAGUGGCUUUGUAGAAUGUAUAAGGGAGCACAUUCACUCGGGUUGGACCUGUCAAUUGACUGAUGAGCAAUUUAUUGCGGUCAAGGAACUGCUCAAGACUGCAAUUACUCGUGCUGCCUCUCGAAAUGACAUGGCCACUAUCAGGGAUGCCCUUGAGGUUUCUGCCGAAAUGUACAAGAAGGACACAAACAAUGUUUCAGACUACGUCCAGCGACAUCUUCGUUCUCUUCCAGUGUGGGAUGACUUGCGCUUUUGGGAAGGGUAUUUUGAUUAUCUACUGGACCGCUUCUCCAACAAAUCUACAAAUUAUGCAACACUUGUGACGAGUCAACUAAUCGUGAUGGCUACUCACAUGGCUGGUUUAGGACUCGCUGAUACCAAUGCAUGGGGUAUGAUUGAAACAAUAGCUGGGAAAAACAAUAUUGGAUACAAGCAUAUGAUAAAACUGAGGGGAUUUCUGGCACACAUUAAGCAAAUUUGUAUUGGUUACUGGGGAAUCUACUCUGUUAAGUCCCAGGCUCCAGCAUCAUAUGGUUUGGCAUCUCCACGUCCUCAAGAUGGUGCUACUGAAGCCCAGCUACCAUCUGAGGCAUCUGGUGCAGGGAGAAGCUGGGUCCAGAGCAUGUUUAGCAGAGAUACUUCACUAAGAGCUAACUCAUUUAGCCGUGCUCCUGCAGCAGAGAAUGGCAAACAAGAGCUAUCUGCAGCUGGGCAAAAGAAAAUACAAACUAGUGUGCGCACUCUUAGGGGUCACACUGGGGCAGUCACUGCUCUACAUUGUGUCACUAGAAGGGAAGUGUGGGAUCUCAUUGGUGACCGGGAAGAUGCAGGCUUCUUUAUCAGUGGAAGCACUGAUUGCACGAUUAAGAUUUGGGAUCCUAGUAUGCGUGGUUCUGAACUCCGGGCAACGUUAAAGGGGCACACAAGAACAAUUCGGGCAAUAAGUUCCGAUAGAGGCAAAGUUGUUUCGGGAUCUGAUGAUCAGACUGUGCUUGUAUGGGAUAAGCAAACUACUCAGCUCCUUGAAGAGCUAAAGGGCCACGAUGCUCAGGUAAACUAUGUGCGGAUGUUAUCGGGUGAACGUGUCCUUACGGCUGCUCAUGAUGGGACCAUUAAAAUGUGGGAUGUGAGAACGGAUACUUGUGUUGCUACUGUGGGUCGCUGCUCAAGUGCUGUUCUCUGUGUAGAAUAUGAUGACUCAACUGGAAUCCUGGCUGCUGGAGGAAGAGAUGCGAUUGCUAAUAUUUGGGACAUACGAGCCGGAAGGCAGAUGCACAAAUUGUCAGGGCACACCAGUUGGAUUAAGUCAAUUAGAAUGGUUGGAGAUACUGUCAUAACCGGCAGUGAUGACUGGACAGCAAGGAUGUGGUCUGUUUCUCGAGGAACAUGUGAUGCUGUUCUAGCCUGCCAUGGGGGUCCUGUACUUUGUGUGGAGUAUUCUGCCUCAGACAAGGGCAUCAUCUCAGGUUCAACUGAUGGUCUGCUCCGUUUCUGGGAAAAUGAUGAAGGUGGGAUUAAGUGUGUGAAGAAUGUCACUCUUCAUACAUCUUCGAUAUUAUCCAUAAAUGCCAGUGAACAUUGGCUUGGAGUAGGGGCAGCUGAUAAUACAAUGUCUCUCUUCAAUCGGCCUCAAGAGAGGCUUGGUGGCAUAUCUAGCACAGGUGCAAAGAUGGCUGGGUGGCAGCUGUACAGAACGCCACAGAAAACAGUUGCCAUGGUACGGUGUGUGUCUUCUGACCUUGAAAGGAAACGGAUUUGUAGUGGCGGGCGCAAUGGUUUGCUCAGGUUGUGGGAUGCGACCAUAAACAUUUAG